AUGCUUGCAAGGCUGGUGCGCGCCCGGCUGCGCUUGCCUUCUUACAAAAGGCGGUCGCGCCACCCUCGUCCGCCUCUCCGACGGCUCUCUCGCCGUCUUCUCCCCGUCGCCCUCACCCCUGCCAUCCGGUCCGCCCUCGCCGACCUCGCUCUGCGCCCGGACCCUUCCGUGUCCUACAUUAUCGCCCCCGACAUCGAGCACCACAUCUUCAUCUCCGACUGGAAGCGCGAGUGGCCUGCCGCCCGUCUGCUCGGCCCCGAGGGCCUCCCCGAAAAACGCGCCCGCUCCGAUCCCGAGUUCUCCACCUUUGACGUCGCCUUUGACCACGACUUCGAGGUCGAGUACGUUGACGCCCACCCAAACCGUGAGCUUGUCUUCUACUACAAGCCCGACCGCGUGCUCAUCCAGGCCGACCUAAUGUUCAACCUCCCUGCCACUGAGCAGUACUCUCGUGCCGGCCCCGGCAGCCAUGGAAACUCUCUCGUCAACAAAAUCUUCGCCGCCAUUGGCCGGACCGACGGAGACCUGACCUGGGCGAGAAGGGUCAUGUGUGCUUCACCUCCUGACUUCAACCUAUUCAAAUGCUCUGUUGUGCUCGACGGUGCAUUCGAUCUCGGCUCGGGCCGCGGCCUGCGCGCCAGCCGGAUCCCUGGCCGCCUCGCUAGUCCGGUACACGGACUUUCAUCCGGCCUAUAUUCCCUUGGACGAGGUAACGAUAACAUCGACUUGCUGCUGUUCGAAUCGCCCGGGAUCCGUAGGUUGGAAAAAGAGGAUGCUGGUCUCAUGCUACUUCUCACCGGCACUACAGGGGCCUGA